UGGACUGGAAUAAAAUGUGGCCCGAGUGAGGAAAGAGUCAUCGGUUUGAAUCUAAAAGGGCUGAGUCUGGCAGGUAUAAUCUCAGGCCAUCUUGGAAAUCUUUCUUUGCUAAAUUCUCUUGACCUAGCAGAAAAUUCCUUCCAUGAUGAAAUUCCUCCACAACUCAGCACGCUGACAAGGCUCCAAUACCUGAAUUUGAGUUUUAACUUUCUAACGGGGGGAAUUCCAGUUAAUCUAUCACAUUGUGUUAACCUCGAGAGCCUUGUCCUGGACCACAACAAUCUUGUGGGACAGAUUCCUUACCAAGUUGGAUCGUUAACGAAGUUACAGAAAUUGAAUUUCAGAAAUAACAACCUGACAGGAGUCUUUCCAGGUUCUCUUGGAAAUCUUACAUCUUUAGAAGAGUUGUAUUUAUCAUACAACAAUCUAGAGGGAGAAGUGCCAGCUUCUUUGGCUCAAUUGACCAAGUUGAGACUGCUUGGAUUGUCAGUAAACAGCUUAUCCGGGGAGUUCCCUCCUUCGCUGUACAAUUUGUCAUCCCUGGAAUUAAUUGCACUUUCCUUCAACAACUUUUCUGGUAAUCUCAGAUCUGAUUUAGGCGACUACUUCCCUAAUCUCCAAAAGCUUUACUUGGGCAACUGUCAAUUCAUUGGCUCCAUACCAUCCUCUUUGGCCAAUGCUUCAAAGUUGCUACAGCUUGAUUUCCCUGAAAACAAUCUCACUGGAAAUAUACCUAAGGGUUUUGGUAACUUGCGGAAUUUGUUGUGGCUCAAUGUUAAUCGUAACCACCUUGGGUAUGGUAAGCAUGACGACCUUGACUUUGUAAAUUCACUUACCAACUGCAGCAGUCUAAAAAUGCUCCAUUUGGGAGACAACCAGUUCGUAGGUACAUUACCGCAUUCAAUAGUCAACCUUUCUAGUCAGAUACAACGCCUACUCAUUUUCGGGAACAGAAUUGGUGGAAGCAUACCCAGAGAAAUCUCAAACCUGGUGAAUUUGAAUCUACUCGACAUGAGCAACAGCAAUCUUACAGGUGGCAUUCCAGAUUCUGUUGGAAGACUUACAAACUUGGGAAGUCUCAACUUGGGUAGCAAUCUCUUGACAGGGGUAAUCCCUUCUUCAAUAGGAAACCUCACAGCACUCGUCUAUCUUUACUUGCCACGUAACAAGUUAGAGGGUAACAUACCUUCAACCUUGGGCAUACCUUCAACCUUGGGUAAAUGUAACCAACUUCUAAGAUUGGACAUUUCUGACAACCACCUGACUGGAACUAUACCACAACAACUUAUUGCUCUCUCAUCCCUCACA